UUGUUAACGUCACGUCAAACGUCAAUGUCAAAUUGGGAUUUACAAAAACAAGAUAAUUUUUGUUACUAUUUGCUAAGAUAUCAAAUAAAAUAUAUGGAAGAGAAGAGAUUAAAAAUAUACCCAAUACACUUAUGAUUGAUAAAAUAUUGUAAUUUAGAAUACCGCAAACGUCAUGAAGUACGAAGAAACUUUACAACGAGAAUGGGACAUCAGUAAGGAACAGCCCUGCGGUGAUGUGAGUGGUGACGAUGUGACCCCGUCGGAUGCGGCGCUGGGUGCGCUGCUAGAGGACGCCGAGCCCGCCGACGCGGAUGCAGAGCGACGCGUGCGGCGCCUCGGGAGCCGACUCGCGCGCCUCGACGCACUCAACGUCGCCGGCAUGCUGGCCGCCGCCACCGAGAGCGGGGGCGCCGGCGCCGCGCUGGCUGAGCGCCUGGAGGCGGGGCUGGGCGCGGGCGCGGCGCUGGCGCAGCGCUUGCGGCGCUACGACGCGCUGGCCCGCGCCGCGCCCGCCGCGCCGCACGCUCGCUCGGACGCAGCGCGCGCCGACUCCAACGCGCGUCUGUUGCUGGCGGAGCUGGGGGAACUGUUCGGCUGGCUCGACGCGGCUCCGCUGCGGGACUUAGAUUCGUUGACGGAGGUGGCGCUGACGUCCAACGAAGGCCGCGCGCAGGCGCUGGCGGCGGCCGAAGCACUCCGCACGGCGCUGCGGGCCGAGGCCAGUGCGCCCGCGUCGCGCCGCCGCCUCGCCGCAGUGCGCGAGCGACUCCGCCGCCUCACGCGCGCGCGUGACCAGUUAGCGGCGGCGCUGGCGCGGCACCUGAACAACGCGCUGAUCCACCUCGGCAACGAGGCGGCGCACGAGUCCCGCGCGCACCGCCACCACGCCGAGCUGCUGCCCUACGCGCCCUUCAUGCGCUGGCUCAAGGACAUGGACGAGAAGGCGUUCGACGCGCUGGCCAAGGUGUACGUGGGCACGUGGGCGCGCGUGUACGAGCGCGAGCUGCGCGCGGCGUGCGAGGCGGCGCGGGCCGCGCUGGCCGCUUCGCCCCCGGACCGUGCGGAGGAGCCGCUGGACAACGUUUUAAGUUUGGUCGAGAGUUUGUGCAACGCAGAGCAAGACUUUUGUACGCAAUUCUUCUUUUUGGACAUCGACGUUAAGGGCGACGGCAGCGACGGCGAGCGGAGCGAGGGCGGGGAGCGGGGCGAGGCGCGGCGCGGCGCCACCGAGACGCGGCGCUUCAUGUGCGAGCUGUUCCCCGCGCUCGAGGCCGAGCUCGUCGCGCUCGUGCAGCAGCUGGAGCGACACGACCCCUAUGGCGCCAUGCGCGCGCUGGCGUGCGUGGGGCGCCGCGUGCUGGGCGCGGGCGCGGAAGGGGCGCGCCUGCAGGCGGGAGCGCGGCCGGGCGCGGGCGAGGCGCGGUGGGCGCGCGCGGCGCUGGCGGGGGUGGCGGUGGCGGCCAAGCGCGGCGCGGACCGCUGCGUGGCGGAGCGACUGGCGGCGCUGCCCGACGCCGUCAAGCAGGCGGCCAAGAAGCCCAAGUGCGGGCUGCUGAGCUUCCUGCAGGAGUUCGAGGCGCUGAGCGGCGCGUGCGAGCGGAUCUUCGCGGCCAGCGGGCGGCGCGCCGACCUGGAGCGCUGGUACGUGUCGCUGGCCGGCGCCAUGCUGGCGGCCGUGGCGCACGCCGCGCACCCGCGCACGCCGCGCGCCGUGCUGCACCUGGAGAACUACCACCGCCUGCACGCGCUGCUGUCCGCGCUGCGCGUGCCCGCGCUCGAGGCGCUGCGCCGCGAGUGCCGCGCGCGCUACUCCGACGCGCUGCGCGCCUACGUCACGCAGUACUUCGGCCGCCCGCUCGAGAAGCUCACGCAGUUCUUCGAGGGCGUGUCGGAGGCGGUGGCGCAGGGCGUGCGCGAGGACGAGGUGUGCUACCGCGCCGCCUUCAGCAAGCACGAGCUGCGCCGCGUGCUGGCCAUGUACCCGGCGCACGAGGUCCGCAAGUCCCUGCACCGCCUGUACCGCACGGUGGAGAAGCACCUGAGCGAGGAGGGCGGCCUGCUGCAGGUGGUGUGGCGCGCCAUGCAGGAGGAGUUCAUCGCGCAACAUGUCGCGCUGCAGGCGCGUAUAGCGGCGUGCUACCCGGCGGCCGGGCUGACGCUGCCGCUGACGACGCAGCACAUACUGGACGCGUUCUCAGACAUCGCGCGCGAGCACUGACGCAGUUUGCCCUGUGUAAUUGUAUACGGAACCUUUACAAACUGCAUAUAAUUUCAAUUGACUCAUUCAGAUGUUUUAUCAAGUCUUCAUUGUAUAGAAAUUCUUAAAAUCCAGUUAGGUAUUAAGUAUCGUAUUAAUCCAAACAUAGUUACAAAUCUAUAAAGGUACGCUAUGUCAAGGUUGAAAGGCUAAUUUAUACAAAAUACUUAUGUUCAUAUUUACAUCUGUGAAAGUGAAUAAUCAAAGAUUACAUAUUGAUAAACUUGUUAAAGCUGAAAGAAUAAUGUAUACUUGCUGUGAUAUUUGUAUAUUAAUGAGUAAUGUCAAUAAAACAAGAUUUGAGCCAUAUUUGCUUCAGGUAGAACAUUCAUGGACGGCCUUGUUUUGCUCGGUGAUGAAACUGAGAAGUGAGGAGAUGCAUAAAUACUUAGGUCUGCAUCAGACCACUUACAGGUGCGCAGAUCAUAGUCUGGGCUUAUUACGAGUAUGGGAGGGCCAUGCUUCGGCACGAAUGGGUCGGCUCGUCCAGAGUGAUACCACGGCCUCUCAGAAAACGAGGUGAAACACCGUGUCGUUUCGUCUUGUGAGUGAGGUUUCCGCAGGCCCAAAUACCUCCCCUGCACAAUCCCCGAAUCCUCAUUAAUUCUGAAAUUCCUAACAAGACCGACAACGUACGUGUAACGGCACAGGUGUUUCGGGUGUCCACAAGCGCAGCUGAUUGAUUACCAUCAAGUGAUCUGUCUGCUGGUUUACCGGCUUAUCCCGUAAAAAAAAGAAUAACGAGCAAAAGGUUUGUGCUCAGGUAUCAAAGUGAGGUCACUACAUUAUUUGCUUUGUUAAGUUUUAUAAACAUGUAUUAUUUAUUUAUUUUUGUAAUAAAGUGGUCAUGUAUUAUACAAUACA